CGCAGUAGAGUAAAAAAACGCCAAAUAUGUGAAAAUACUCGAGCAAAAAAUGUCAAUCGUACUUAUGAAUUUGACAGAUUAGUACUUCAGCAGUCGUGGACUCCAACACUUUGCUAUGGAUAUUAUCGACGAGAAAAUCAUGGAAUCAUACAAAUCCGAUCUGUAACUGGAUUAUGGCCUUCGUUACAACAAAAAACUUGGCCUGCAUUUUGUAAUUGUUCAGUAGAAUUCAACGCAAAGCAAUUGUCACCAAUUAUAACUGAUUUGGACACUAAAUGGGUUAGUGGGUAUAAUAAUCAUACUAUGAAAAAUCUGUGGAUAAAGUAUGGGACUUGCGGAGCGAAAAUUGAUGGGAUAAAUAAUCAAUUGGAUUAUUUCAAUAAAUCACUUGAACUUUAUGAUAAAUUCAAUAUGCAUCACUUAUUGAGUAAUUUGACUAUGAAUCCGGGAAAAAAAUGUUUAACAGAAGCGCUUGAGGGUGCUUUUAAGAUAAUGUUAGGUAAAAAACUUCAAAUAAGAUGUGUCUUUAAUCGAACUACCAAAGAAUUUUACUUGUUAGGAGUAAGAUUAUGCUUUGAUUUAUCAUUUAAUCUUAUUGACUGUGAGAAAAACAAAUUUAAAGGG